AUGACUUUACAAUUAAUUAAAGAACAAAAUCAUGUAAAAAGUAUCAUCGAGAAGCUCAAUCUUCAGCUUUCAGAUGGUUCUACUAAAAUUCCAGCUGAUUUUGGUUUUCUCAAAUUUGAUGUUCGUAGUGACAACUAUACAAACAAUCGUUUAUCACAGGUGAAAGAUUUUGGAUUCUCUGAGAAACAAACAUUCAGUU